GCAUGCGCUGCUGAUGAACACUGACUCACUGACUCAGAUCAGCUGCUCGGUGAAGAACAGAACAGCUCUACUGAGACCUCCAGACCUCCUCUCUCUGUCUCUCUACCGGAGCACCGGAGGACAACCGGAGGACAACCGGAGGACAACCGGAGAGUCUUGAUGUCUUCUCAGAUCUUCUGCUGCGCGUGAACCGGACGGCCGCUGACAUGACGUCAUACCUGCAGAUCGCUGAUGAUGAGAAAGGUCUGGAGCUGGAUCUGUUCUGCGUCCCCAGACAUUAUGAGAACGACCUGGACAGAGUGAUCAUCCCUCAUGGACUCAUCAUGGACAGGACAGAGCGUCUGGCCCGUGACAUAAUCCGAGACAUGGGGGGACACCACAUCGUGGCUCUGUGCGUGCUCAAAGGAGGCUACAAGUUCUUCGCAGACCUGCUGGACUACAUUAAAGCUCUGAACCAGAACAACGAUAAAUCAGUGCCCCUCACGGUGGACUUCAUCAGAGUGAAGAGCUACUGCAAUGACAAAUCAACAAACAAUGUCCGAGUCAUCGGAGGAGACGAGCUGUCCAAUCUCUCAGGAAAGAACGUGUUGAUCGUAGAGGACAUUGUGGAGACAGGAAGGACGAUGCAGACGCUCCUCUCCCUGCUGAGUGAAUGCAACCCCAAGAUGGUUAAAGUGGUGAGCCUUCUAGUGAAGAGGACCCCGAGGAGCUCCGGGUACAGACCAGACUACAUUGGUUUUGAGGUGCCGGAUGCCUUCCUGGUGGGCUACGCUCUGGACUACAACGAGUACUUCAGAGAUCUCAGUCACAUCUGUAUCCUGAACGAGGAAGCCAAGGAGAAGUACCGAGUGUGAUCAGAUGAAGAGCUGCUGAGGCGAUGAAGACUAGGAUGAAGACUAGGACCACUGUGAUGCUCCUCCGAAGCUUUGCUGUGUUUUUCAAUCUUAUUUAUUUUUCUAUAUAAAACCCACACAAUGUGACUGGUGGGUUGUAAAUAACUUCCAAGAACAUUUACUUUCUCCCCUGUAGAAUAAGUGGGAUCAAUUCUGUACAUUAUGAAUAUUUUGGUUGUUAAGUUUUAAUUUAUUUGUAUAGACUUUAUCUAUAAAUUUCAGUUUUCUGUUGGAAAUAGAAAGAAGACUUGUUGAGGUGUCUCCGGCUGCUUUCUGUUCAGUGAGCUGUCAGUCACAUUAAACAGAUUCAACGGGUUUCUGUUGGACUCAGAAUGCAGAUGUUGUCCUCAUUAUGCUCAUUAUGCUCAUUCUGCCAUAACAUGACUGACUGAAUGUACUGAAUGUUUUAUUUCCUAUCUGAUGUUUUCAUGGAGGACCUGUUUACAGCAAUAUAAUAUAAAUCUAUAAAUCUCCUUCAAACCUUCA